GAGAAUCGUCUGGUAACCUACCUGUCCGGCGGUGAGGGCUACCAUAACUAUCACCACACCUUUCCCUUUGACUACUCAGCCUCAGAGUACGGGUGGAAAGACAACUGGAAUAUAGCGACGGCUUUCAUAGAUAUGUUUGCGUGGAUUGGGUGGGCGUAUGAUAGGAGGCGCCCAACACAGACUUGUGUUAAGGCCAGGAUCGCCAGAACUGGUGAUUCCGAUCAUAAAUAUCAGAGAUUAACCAGGCUCAUACAAAGCCAAAUGGCAGCUCCGGGUGCUGUCGGCUGGCCUACAGACCCUCGCCCUACAGAACUCAAUAUACUCGAGUGGUGUCGCGACCAUCGCGUGCAUCACCGGUACUCCGAGACCGACGCCGACCCCCAUAACGCCAAACGGGGCUUCUUUUUCGCGCACAUGGGUUGGCUCAUGUGUCGCAAGCACCCGGAGGUCACCAUUAAGGGCAAGGAGAUAGACAUGUCAGACCUAUGA